GGGGCGGCGCGGGGAGAUCGCUGGGCGAUCGCGGCGGCGGCGCGGGGAUCCGACGCCCGGGCGCCCCGAGUCGCCAGUAUGUGGAGCGGCCAGGCCCACCCGGACGAGGACCGCCCACCGCCCCCGGAAGCUGUCCCAGUCCCCUGGAAGAGUGGGGGCCCCUGCAAAAGCCACAGGGAGUCCCUGGGAAGCCUGGUGGAGACCCCUGCAGGGAAGGAGGCCCAAGGCGAGGAGGGCCCCGCGGCCACCCGGCUGGACGUGUUGCGUCUGCGCAGCUCUUCCAUGGAGAUCCGAGAGAAGGGCUCAGAGUUCCUGAAGGAGGAGCUGCACAAAGCCCAGAAGGAGCUGAAGCUGAAGGAUGAGGAGUGUGAACGGCUGUCCAGGGUGCGCGGGCAGCUGGAACAGGAGCUGGAGGAGCUGACCGCCAGCCUGUUCGAGGAAGCCCACAAGAUGGUCCGAGAAGCCAACAUGAAGCAGGCAGCGUCCGAAAAGCAGCUGAAGGAGACGCGGGGCAAGAUCGACAUGCUGCAAGCAGAGGUGACAGCCUUGAAGACACUGGUCAUCACGUCCACACCAGCCUCUCCUAACCGCGAGCUCCACCCACAGCUGCUCAGCCCCACCAAGGCCGGACCCCGCAAGGGCCACUUGCGUCAUAAGAGCACCAGCAGCGCCCUCUGCCCCGCCGUGUGCCCCGCGGUAGGACACGCCCUCACCCCGGACAAGGAGGGCAAAGAGCCCGGGCUGCCCCCCCUCCUCUCCCUGCUCCUCUGCGUGGUCCCCAGCAAGGCAGUUCACCUCACCUACGAGCCGGCCUGGCAGCUCCCGCCCGGGGAGCUGCCCGUGGGCCCCACCUCUGCUACCUGUCUCUCCUUUUCCCGACAGGUGGACACGACCCUGUUUGCAGAGUUCCAGGCCUGGAGGGAAUCGCCCACCCUGGACAAGACCUCCCCCUUCCUGGAAAGGGUGUACCGGGAGGACGUGGGCCCCUGCCUGGACUUCACCAUGCAGGAGCUCUCAGCCCUGGUACGGGCCGCCGUGGAGGACAACACGCUCACCAUCGAGCCCGUGGCUUCGCAGACACUGCCCGCGGUGAAGGUGGCCGCUGUCGAAUGUGGCCGCACCAAUGGGUUCCGGGCCCCGAUUGACACUACAUGUGCCCUGAGUGGCCUGGCCUGCGCCUGUCGUCACCGAAUCCGGCUUGGGGACUCCGAGAGCCACUACUACAUCUCACCGUCCUCCCGGGCCAGAGUGAGUCAUCCAAUGGGAGUGUUACCUGGCUCCUUAGAGGCUCCCUGGGCUGGGACUCUGAGCCCCAGGCUGCACAACCUACAAUCUACAGAGCAGGGCACAGGCUCAGAGAGAUCACGGCCGUGUGCAACUUCUUCACCUACAUCCGCUACAUCCAGCAAGGCCUGGUGCGGCAGGACGCGGAGCCCAUGUUCUGGGAGGUCGCAAGGCUGAGGAAGGAGAUGUCGCUGGCCAAGCUUGGCUUCUUCCCCCAGGAGGCCUAGGUCAUGGCCCAGGCCUGGAGGGGGGCUCUGAGCUGGAGCCAACACCUGCCCCAGGAGAGACAGACAGACAGACGGGGUCCUAGAGCCAGCCCUGAGCCGGAAGCUGAACAGAGGGACAAAUGGCCAGGACAUGGAGGCAGCACUGAGCCAGCAGCAAACGUCCAUCCCAGGACAGGACCUCAGGAGGUGACCUCUCCUCCCUCGUAGUACUACAGCCACCAGGAGGCUUUCAAGAAAGCACCAAAGACCAAGGAGCUGGGAGCCGUACAAAGGGGCUCAGCCCUUGGGAGGGCACCCCUGGGGCAGCCAGCACCCCCUACCCAGUCCCAGGAGCUGCUGCCUGCAGGUGCCUCAUUGGCGAGAUCUCCCCUUGGGUAUCUCCCCA